AUGAUAAAUAAUGAUACAAUAUCAAUUACAAGAGAUUUGGGAAAGGAAAAAAGUGAAUCUUUAAGUUCUAGAAAAAAAAGAGAUUUAGUAAACUGCUCAAAUUGUAGUAUUCAAUUACCAUUAGCAUCAUUCAAAUCACAUAUUAAUAUUUGUUCCUCACUUUACACCAAACCAAUCAUGACAGCCACCACAACAAGCUCUCUUUUAAAUGGAAACAAAGAUAAUGAAGAAUUUAACAGCAAUAGCAGCAACAACCCUAAUAAACAAAAUGGAAAUUCAGCAGCUACACCACCUUUAACUAGAAGAUCAUCAUUAUCCCCACCACCAGUAACAGCAAAAAAAACAAAUUUAACUCCAACUAAACAAUCACCAGUAAAACUAUCAAAAUCACCAACUUCAAUUAAAACUAGAACAAUGACAGGUAAUAUACCCCAACCAUUAUUCCUCCAAGAAGAUAGUGAUUUUAAUACAGACUAUAAAAUAAGUACACCAAAAAAAGAAAAGAAAACAGGUAAAAUGUCAGCAGCAAAAGAAUUAAAAACUAAAAAAGUUGUUGUUAGAAAAUCAAAAAUAGGUUCACCUUUAUCAAAAUCACCAACCAAAAAUACAACCCCAACUAAAUCCCCAACCAAAUCAACAACUCCAACUAAAUCACCAUUAAAAUCACCAUCGAAAACAAUAACGCCAACCAAAUCACCCAAAAAAGAAAUAAAUGGAGCAGCUUCAUCAGUUAGUCCUAAAAAGAGAAAACAUUCAAAUACCACAAAUGCAUCGAAAUCAAAAGACUGGUCAAAAAACACUACUAUAGAUUGGAAGAUACCAGAGGCACCAGUAUUCUAUCCUUCAAUUGAAGAAUUUAAGUCACCAUUAAAAUAUAUUGAAAGUAUUAGACCAAUAGCAGAGAAAUUUGGUAUUUGUAAAAUUGUGCCACCAUUUGAAGCCGAUUCAAUCAUGUCAAAUAUAGAUCCAAAGAAAUUUAAUUUUAAAACUAAAAUUCAAAAUAUUCAUCAACUCAAGAGAAGAUGGAAUGGCCCAAAUGAAUUGUUUGUAUCAGAUCUUGGAGAGUUUUUAGACAAACAAUCCAAUCCAAUUCAAUCAAUACCAAAAUAUGAUGGAAGAGAUUUAGAUUUCUAUUCAUUAUUCUUGGAGGUUAAUCGUUAUGGUGGUUGUAAUGAAUGCACUCAUACCAAUAAAUGGCCAGAUGUCAUCAAAGCUUUAAAGGUUACCGAUUUUUGCAACAAACCAAUUCAAACUUUAAAGAAUCUAUACCAUCGUUAUUUAGAUGAUUUCGAAGUUUACACAAGAAAUAAGUUUAUGGAAAAGCGAAAUAUUAAAUCUAAGGUUCAAAUAGAUGAUAAUGAAUUUAUCAAUGACAUAAUCGAAGAAUAUAAUCAAUAUAGUAAAUUUUAUAGUGACAUUGAAAAGGAUGGUUUAUUAAAAGACGAGGAUGAUGAUAGCGAGGAAGAAGAAGAAGAUGAUGAGGAGGCUGCAGAAGAAGAUGAGGAGGAGAUUGAAGAAAUAAAGGAAGAAGAGGAAGAAUUCAAAGAAGAAAAAAAUAAAAAAUUAAGGGUAUCAAGAGAAGAGAUAAAUAAUGAUGAUAACGAAUCAGAUACCAGCAGCGAAAGUAGUGAAAUACCUGAAUUUGGUUUUUAUGAAGGCAAUGUUUAUUCAUUAGAAGAGUUUGAAGUUUUGGCAAAUAAUUUUAGUAAGAAAUGGUUUCCACUCAACAAUAAUGAUCCAAAUACAGUUGAAAAUGAAUUUUGGCGUAUUGUUGAAAAAGGUGAUGAAAAUGUGCAAGUGCAUUAUGGAAGUGAUUUGGAUGUAACAACACAUGGCAGUGGUUUCUCAAGAACUUCAACUACCAACGGCCCAGACGAACAUUGGAACCUCAAUCAGCUACCAAAAAUGAAGGAAUCAUUGUUUUCACAUAUGACCGAAACGAUUGCUGGUGUUACUGAUCCAAUGAUGUAUAUUGGAAUGCUUUUUUCAUCAUUCUGUUGGCAUAAUGAAGAUAAUUAUCUCUAUUCAAUUAAUUAUCUUCAUAAAGGUACAUAUAAAACUUGGUAUGGCGUACCUGGCAGUGGUUCCGAAAUCUUUGAAAAGGUAAUGAAGGCAUCAGUUCCAGAACUUUUCGAAAGACAACCAAAUCUAUUGUAUUUAUUAAUUACAAUGAUUUCUCCAGAUCUCUUAAAACGACGUCACGUACCAAUUUAUAAAUGUCUACAAGGUCCAGGUGAAUAUGUCAUCACUUUUCCACAAGCUUAUCAUGCAGGUUUUAGUCAUGGUUUUACAAUUGCAGAAGCUGUUAAUUUUGCCCCAGCCGAUUGGAUACCAUUUGGUAGUAGCUCAAUAGAACGUUAUCAAAAGACCCAUCGUUCCUCAGUAUUCUCCCAUGAACAGCUAUUGUAUUCUAUUGCUAAUCGUCAACCUUCACCUGAAUUAUCACAUUGGUUAAGUAAAGAAUUCCAAAAAAUUAAAUCAAUAGAACAAUCAUCGCGUAAUCAAUUGAUAAAACAAAACCCACCGCUCAAAGUCGAAACAGCUAACCCAAAAUCAUUAGAAGAACUCUUAAAUAACGAACCACUUCAAUGUUACAUUUGUAAAUACGAUUGCUUCCUAUCCUAUGUAUCUUGCUGCGAACAUUCAGUCGAAUUUGAAGAGGAGAUUGAAUAUCAAUGGGUAUCUCAAAGAAAUAUUGGUAAUCUUCAACACUUGCAAGGUCAACACCAAAAAGUUUUAAAAGUUUGUUGUUUAUCUCAUUUUGAAGAUUUAUGUGAUUGCUCUCCCUCAAAAAAGAAAAUAGUUUCAAUUUUUUCAAUUGAUGAUUUGGAAAACACAAUUCAAAGUUUAAAUAGAAAUAUCAAUAAUGAUAACAUUAGUAAUAAAAACAAUACAAUAACAUCAGUAUCUACAUCCACACCCACACCCACAUGCACAUCAACAACACCUCAAACUAGAAAUAUGACCUCUCAUAAACCUGUAUAUAAAUUCCCAUCACCUUCUUCAAACGAUUUAGCUCCAACCCCUUCAUUUAAUUUGAUCUUUUCGAACAACAAAAAAUUAAAAAUAAAAUAA